AUGGCAGUUCCAGACGCUCUUUGCACAUACCCAAAAGCAGUAAUAAAUAUUGAAGAAUUUGACGGGGAUAAGUCAAAAUACCCCGCAUGGAGAAAAAGCAUUAUUUCACUAAUAACCGCAACAUGGAGAGAAGCCUCUUAUCUUAGAAGUCACCAAGGAACCGCCCAAACUGACUAUGUAUUUACAACACUAGUAGUGUAUAAUAUUAUUGGACCAAUAUUAGAUACUGGAUUAUGGAAUGUUGUUGCAACGAGAAGACAAAUUGCUCUCAUAAUGCAAAAAUUACUGGUCGCGCAAAAAUGUGGCUCGAAGGGUUAG